CUCAAUUAGGUUUAGACUUUAUAAAAGAAGUCCGACGCAGAAAUUAAAACCCCUUUUGCCUCAAAACCCUGAUUUCAAAUCUCCCCAAGCACAACAAUGGCGAAAUCAAUGAGAUGCAAGAGGGUGAAGAGAUUGAGAGCAAUAAGAAGAGAAAUAGUGGAGAAGGAAUCAUUCACUCUAACGAGAGAAGACGCCAAAUCCGCCGCUAUUGAAGCCGCACUCGCUGCUCCGAAGUUACCAGUUCGUCAAGCCCCAGUUUCUCCGUUUAUGGAAGUUGCGACGCCUUCCUCUGAGUCUGCAUCUGCCUCCACUACAAUCGCCAACGAUAGUGUUGAAAUCUUUGAAGGAGCUUGUUAGUUCAUUACUCUUGGGAAGGUUGUUACUCUAAGAGAAACGUAUCGCUCUAAAAGCUUUGUUUGGUUUCUUUAUAUUGAAUUUUGUGUGCAUCUACAAGUAUAUCUUUGAAAGUUUUGGUAUUAAGGGUUUGUUCUGUUUUGGGAUACUAUUGUUGUUUGCUUGUAGAUGAGGAAAUGGAUGAUGAGAAGAAAAACAAGUCGCUAAAACCUAUUGGGAAGAAGUUGAAGAAGAAGUUUAAGCUGGGGAUGAAGAAUCGUCGUAGUAAGGGUGUCCUUCGAGGCAAACGAAACUAAAACUGGUCUUGGCUUUCUUCUACUGGGUUUGUUUUCUACUUGCAUAAUUUAUGUUCUCUCUUAAUUUUGGGGUUCUUCAAUGUCUUAGAAUAUAGCAUCUUUUGUACUGUGUUUUUUCCAUGAGUUUCAGUACUAUAGAAACCCUAAAAACGUGAUCGCGUCUGAAUUGUGUCUCCCAUCUUUCAUUUUUCUUGCACCAAAAGCUAUCAUCACAACUUGAUUUAGAGUUAACGUUUAGGGUUAUUACCAUUAACAUCAUGAACCCUUUGACAUAAAUUGAUCAUGUUGGACUGAUAUUAAGUAUUG